AAUGGCAAACCCUAGUAGUGAUGGCACUGUUAACAUAAUUCGAACUCAAGCCAGCACAAAUCAAACAAUUGCUGCAGUAUCGUUCAAUUAUACAAAUAAAGCCCUUUAGGGUUUUAUCGAGGUGCCUCUCGUCACAUUUCUUGCUCCCUCGGAAGACAGAAAGCUUGCGGCGGAGAAGCAGAGGCACAGGAAGCAGCCAUGGCGACCACCAAAGUCCAGAGGAUUAUGACACAACCCAUCAAUCUGAUCUUUAGGUUCCUCCAGAGCAAAGCGCGAAUUCAGAUCUGGCUUUUCGAGCAGAAGGAUCUUAGAAUCGAGGGGCGCAUUAUUCUAGCAUUGCCUGUCUUUGUGGCUACAUGGAGGAGACCUGGCCUAUUCUUUUGUUAA